AUGGUUGGUUGCUGUUGGGGCAGCGUCCACAGUGAUGAGGAUGCUGUAGCGAUCUGCUGCGGUGAUGAGAGAGCAAAGAAUAAAAGCGAAGGUGACGAUUUACCCAUCAAUAUAGGUUCAUACCAUGAGGAGGACGACAGCUCUGCUGGAUGGACUCUGAGGAGAAACACAAGCAAACAACAGAGGACUCAGUGUGGACAUGGGUGGGGGAAAUCAGCUGGUUCUUCCUGUAACAUCAGCUACAUCGACCCACAGGAAAGUGGAGUUUACUGGUGUGAGUCCAGAGAGGGUCCCAUCAGUAACAUGGUUAACCUGACAGUCACUGGUGGAUCAGUGAUCCUGCAGAGUCCUGUCCUCCCUGUGAUGGAGGGAGAUGACGUCACUCUGCUCUGUAAAACAAAGACCACUCCCUCCAACCUCCCAGCUGCUUUCUAUAAAGAUGGCUCCCUCAUCAGGAAGCAGCCUACAGGUCACAUGACCAUCCAGCAUGUUUCCAGGUCUGAUGAAGGCCUCUACAAGUGUGACAUCAGCGGUCAUGGAGAGUCUCCAUCCAGCUGUAUCACUGUCACAGAAAAACCUACAACAACAGCUUCACCCACCACAACAGCUUUGUUCACUUUCACGUCGCUAUCCACCACGACAGCUCCAACCCCUGGCUGCUCCCCCUGCCAUCUUAACUUCAGACUGGUCCUCCGCCUGGUGGUUUUCUGUCCAUAUUUGAUCUCCACUCUCCUCUUGGUGUCUUUAUAUCAACACAGAGCCAAAGAGUCCACCCCACCAGGCUGAGCAGAGACUGGCUGAUGAUAAUUACAUCACCACAGAGCACCACAUCCGAACCUCUCUACCUAAACUUAAAAUUAAAUGUCUACCGAUGUUUCACCUUGUUAAUGAAUUGGUUGCUUUUCCUGCAUGUUUUAUAAUGAUCAAGUUUUUAAAAGUGUUUGGGAACAUCUGCCUGCACAGACACCAUAUCUCUGUUUUUCUGAAGUAAAUAAAGUGAAGGAGGACGUGCUCUUUCUGACGUUUUUGGUGUA